AUGUGGCUUACCACUGCAUUUACCCUCUCGACGAUAAUUGGUCAUGUUUCAUGCCAAGACCAAAUACCACUGACCGAGGAAGCAGCCACAAAGCCAAUCUUUACUCUACGCGAACAAUCCUCUGAUCUCUGCGAUGCUGGGUCGAGACAAUGGACGGGGACUGUUAACGUGACGGCUGAUAAGUCUAUGUUCUUUUGGUACUUGGAGAGUAGGAAUAAUCCCGAGACGGAUCCUUUGCUAUUAUGGAUGAGCGGUGGACCUGGUGCAGCUGGGGAGAUGGGUCUCUUCAUGGGCAGUGGUCCUUGUGUUGUUAAUCCAGAUGGAAGCUCAACGCGUCGUCAGGAAUACUCUUGGACCGACCGUGCCAAUGUCGUUUACAUAGAUCAACCCGUCGGCGUCGGCUUCUCGGAAAUCACAGACCGAGAUAACAUCGCUGUGAGUCUCGACCAAGGUGCCAAAGACGUACAUACCUUUCUCAAGAUCUUCUCCCAAUCCGUCUUCCCCAAUCUAGCAGGUCGACCAUGGCAUAUCACUGGCGAGUCAAUGGGCGGGCAUUAUGUAACUGGCUACACAAAGCACAUCGCCUCCCAAGAAGACCCUGGUAUCAACAUCUUGUCUGCUAUCAUCGUAGACGGCUACAUCGACGCUACGCGACAGUUCAUAGGCUACUAUGACUUCUUUUGUGAAGACUGGGCUAGGGAUGGUCGUAAGGCGCCGCUUAUGAAGGACUCAGCUUGUAAGGAUAUGCACGAUGCGAUACCAGAGUGCGAGAAGAUGUCGAAGAAGUGUAGGGAAGUAUAUGACAUUGCUACGUGUAAGGCUGCGAAUGAAGUCUGCGAGGAGGGUGUUGGGGAGUACUUUAUGGAUGGUGUCGUUAGAGGGGGCUGGGAUCCUUAUGAUAGCCGGCAUCCUUGCGAAGAGCCUCCCAUGUGCUCCAAUCUCGAUCACGGACCAACAUGGAGAUUCUUGAAUAAGCGCUGGGUUCAGGAAAAACUCGGAUUUAGGCAUCAUCCAUUUGAUCUAAUUGAUUUGGAUACCAAUCAGCGAUGGGAUCUCGCGGAGAACAUCCAUCUACCUGUUACUCGCGAACUAACAUGGAUUUUGGAUAACACCGACAUUUCGGUGCUAUUUAUCAACGGCAACAACGAUAUUAUUAUCAAUACUCCGGGACAAAUGAGCAUGCUAGACAAUCAACCAUGGAAAAGACAAGACGCGUAUCAGGAUCUCGAAUACGAAAAUUGGCACUAUACAAACGGUGAACUAACUUCAAAUUCGCACGGCUGGAAUGUCAAAAAGGGAGGUUUCUGGAAAGGAAAUGAUCGUUUAGCAUUAUAUGCCGUUGAUGAAGCAGGUCAUCUGGCACCGCAUCAUCAACCUGAAGCUAUCGGUGCAGUAGUCAGGUCUUGGCUUCGCAACUACUAA